AUGCCCGAACCCGCCAUUGCGCGCCACCGCUGGUGGAAAGAAGCCAGCAUCUACCAGAUCUACCCAUCGAGCUUCUGCGACAGCAAUGGCGACGGCAUCGGCGACAUCCCGGGCAUCAUCUCAAAGCUGGACUAUCUCCACGAGCUAGGCGUGGAUGUGAUAUGGCUCUCUCCCGUGUACAAAUCUCCCCAGAAGGACAUGGGCUACGACAUCUCGGACUACCAGGCGAUAGAUCCGCGGUACGGGAGCAUGGCGGAUAUGGACCGCCUGAUCGCGGGGCUGCAUGCGCGCGGGAUGAAGCUGCUCAUGGACCUGGUGGUGAACCAUACUUCCGACCAGCAUGCGUGGUUCCAGGAGUCGCGGAGCUCGCUGGACAACGACAAGAGGAAGUGGUAUGUGUGGCGCGAUGGUUUCAUGAAUGAGAAGGGGGAGGAGGGGCCGCCGAAUAAUUGGCGGUCUGUGUUCGGAGGUAUGUGGGCGGAGUUUAAGAUCCAGGCGGGCGGGCUGACGGUAAAAACACAAAAACACGAAGGCAGCGCAUGGCAAUACGACGAAGUCACAGGCCAAUACUACCUCCACUGCUUCCUUCCCGGGCAGCCCGAUCUCAACUGGGAGCACCCGCCGGUGCGGGAGGCCGUGCACUCGCAGAUGAAAUUCUGGCUGGACAAAGGCACCGACGGCUUCCGCAUGGACGUGAUCGAUCUGAUCAGCAAGCCUCGCUCGUUCGCUGACGCGCCCGUGGUCCUUCCCAACGAGCGGUGGCAGCCGGCCGACAAACUGAUUUCCAACGGUCCGAGAUUGAACGAGUUCCUCGAGGAGAUGGGGAGGGAGGUGUUGAGCAAGUAUGACGUCAUGACGGUGGGGGAGAUGCCGUGGAUGACGGAUAAGCGCGAGGCAUUGAAUGUGGUCGGUUGGUGGAGGGGGGAGCUGGAUAUGAUUUUUCAGUUUGACAUGAUCACGAUGGACUUUGGCAACAACGGGCGCUACUCGUGGCCAGAAAAGCCCUGGACAUUGUCGACGCUCAAGGGAGCACUGGAGGGGUGGCAGACAUUUAUGAUCCAAAACGGCGGUUGGAACUCGGUGUGCCUUGAAAGCCACGACCAGCCGCGCUCAGUCAGUCGGUUCGUCGACCGUUCGCUCACCGACAACGACCCGGUCACGCGCGUGCGCGUCGCAAAGAUGCUGGCUACACUCGAGGCCGGCCAGUGCGGGACGAUAUAUGUCUAUCAGGGACAGGAGCUGGCGAUGAAGAACAUGCCCACGCAUUGGCCCAUUGAAGAGUAUAAGGAUGUCGAGACGCAGAAUGCGUAUAAGGAGGCGCUCGAACAGGCUGGAAGGGACGAGUCGAAGAUGCAAGAUUUCAUGAAAGCGCUGCACCUCAAAGCGCGGGACCACGCGCGAAUUCCCGUACAAUGGGACUCUUCCUCGCACGCCGGCUUCACGACGGGGAUGCCGUGGAUGCGGGUGAACGAAGACUAUCCACAGUGGAACGCAGCGCUGCAGGUGCCCGACGAGGACAGCGUAUUUUCGUUCUGGAAGAAGGUCCUGCAGCUGCGGAAGCAGUACAAGAAUGUGCUGAUAUAUGGAGACUUCGAGAUGUUGGUGCGAGAGGAUGCGAGGGUCGUUGCGUAUCGACGUACGAAUGGGCAGGAGCGCGCCCUGGUGCUGCUGAAUUUUACGAAUGGGCCGGUUGAGUGGGAAAUACCCCGUGGUAGAAGGGUAGAGGAGUUGGUCGAUGAGCGGUAUAGGAAGUUGGGGAACCAUGGGAAGCUCCUCGGGGAGGGGGAUGUGCUCUCGUUGCGGCCGUUUGAGGCGCUGAUGUUUAUCAAGUGA